AUGAAGUUUAACAUCUCUUUCCCUGAAACAGGACAGCAAAAAUGUAUCGAUAUCGACGAUGAGCGCAAAGUCAGACUCUUUUACGAUCGUAGAAUGGGACAAGAAAUCGAUGGAGAAGCCUUAGGAGAGGAGUUCAAAGGUUACAUCUUCCGCAUUGCAGGUGGCAACGACAAACAAGGUUUUUCAAUGAAACAAGGAGUUCUUGAAAACAAAAGAGUCCGCUUGCUGCUUUCAGCAGGUCACACUAACUACCGUCCUCGCAAAAAGGGUGAAAGGAAGCGCAAAUCAGUCAGAGGCUGCAUUGUUGGUCACGAUAUCGCUGUUCUCCACUUAGUUGUCACCAAGAAAGGUCCUGGCGAGCUCCCUGGUAUCACAGAUAGCCCAAUUCCUAGAAGACUCGGCCCUAAAAGAGCUUCCAGAAUCAGAAAAUUGUUUGCAUUGGACAAAGGAGUAGACAGGAAGUCUGUGAAAGCUGAAGAAAGAGACGAUGUAAGGAAAUACGUCGUAAAAAGAGAAAUCAAGAGAGAAGGGAAAAAGCCUUAUUUCAAAGCUCCUAAAAUCCAAAGACUCAUCACAGCUGAAAGACUAACCUGCUUCUAUCUUUGAUUGAACGAAAUCCUUAAAUUGGAAAAAAAAUCCUUGAUAUAGUGAUUUUUAUUAAUCAAAAAUGAAGCCCACUCGCAUAAUUCAUCUUAAAUCUAUCUACCUAUCUUUAAUAAUUAUGAAUCUUAGAGAUUAUAUUGAAUUAUCCAUCCUAAGCAAUUAUAAUUGAUUAAUAGGAUACUAGAUAAAUAUAUUGUAUCCUCUAUUUCUUGUGGGAGAGAGGAAAAAUAUUUAUAUUGAAAUAAAAUUUGAUAUGGUUCUUUAAACUACCUUUGAUAGAACGGUAGCGGUUGGCUCGAUCAAGGAUUAGGGAAGAGUAAGAAGAAAGACAAAAGAAAAGGCUCAGAAGAAGGAAAGAUGGCAGAGAGCUAAAGAGGCUGCAAAGAAAUACAACGUUCUUUUGAACAAUGUCUUACAUGAAAGACAUUUGGCUGAGGCUCAAGCUCAAAAGACAGAAGAGAAGAAAGCUUAA